AUGGAAUUCGGGCCAAAAAAAACAUCAACAGCUCGACAUGGAGACUGUCUCAUGCUCUGCAUCUACAACGCCAGACAGUCUCCACCAACGCCGAUCUUCACGCCCUUCUCGACUGCAGAGCGCAUCAAAUACCACUCGCAUGAGAUCCUAUCACCUCGCCUGGCUGUCCUUCGUCUCCGUCCUCUGCAUCAGAAAACAACAUCAAAAGCUGAUGACUCGGAGCUAGAUGCUUUUUAUGAAGAUUCGGAGAAAGUCAUACGCAAAAAAAAUCCUUCUACACAUUUGUCUUGGGUGACUUCAAUGCGAAAAUCGGGAUGCCAGAAGAAGGGAAGCACAGGAUCGGAAGCUUUGGAUCAAGACUUAUGA